AUGUUCAACGCAGCGCAUAUUAGUAUACGAGACUCAGAGUUUAUCGCACUACCUUGGCUAGUCAAUGUUUCUACCGUAGCCGAAUUCGACCACCAACUACUAAAUUACGUCAACUCAUCCACUUUUUGGAAUCUGGAAUUGGGAUGUAAGAGCUCAACAAUCCACAAUAGAGCACGUUAUGCUGUAAGCCUCACUUGUGCAACCAUCGUAUUCGAUACUAAAUCAUCGCUGCCGUGCAACCCUGAAAAUAACACGUUGCCUAUACCACUCUGCCAAUCUACCUGCGAAUCGUACUCAAAAUCAGUGCAGUCAAUACUAAGCUCAUCCCCUUCAGAUAGUAUCUGUAAUCUGAAUGGCGGUAGUCUGAUAACUGCCGGCUCUAAUAGCUUAUCCCAACAGUGUAACACCAAUGAAGGCUUAAAGGGUCUUCCCUCAACUGGAUGUAUAUCAGGAGCAGACCAUGAAGUUUCAAUGUGUGGCUUUGGAGAAGAUGUAGAAACACUUUGCAGGUACUGCAAUGAAUACGACUCCACGUUAUCCUGCUGCAAAGAGCAAAGUUGCAUCAGAAACAAACCCAUGGUCUUGAGCGGUGGCGUGAUUGCAGGCAUUGUGGUUGGAAGUGUAGGUGGACUCUGUCUAUGUGGAUUCAUAGCGUUCUGUAUCAUACGACGAAAGCAAAAAAAGAAGCGUAGAUCAACACACCCUAAUGAUUUCAUGUACAGCCGCAAAAACUCUAAAGACCUCACUCGCAUGAUGUCUUGCAACCUUCCAAAUUCAAGCUCUACUAUCAUGAUGAACAAUAAUAAUACUCCCGAAUCUCAUAUGAUGAGACACGUAUUUCCAAUCGAAGAUGAAGAUUACAUGGAGGUCGUGCCUGACAUCAACAUGAAUUGCGAUGCUGAAGCUGUCAAGGGACAUGUAUUCAAAGUGAAUUCCUUGGAGAAGCAAUUUGUCAGAGUCAUUUAUCCACUGAAAGCACCCGAGAAUCCAGACGAACUAGAACUACUAAAGAACGACAUCAUUAGAAUGUAUUAUUAUUUCGAUGACGGCUGGGCGUUUGGCGAUAACUUUGGUUCUGGUCUUCGCGGAUUGUUUCCAAUCCUAUGUGUAGUCAAUCUGACACAAGAAGAGGUGCAAGAGUUGAUCUAUCUAUCAGAGCUAACAGAUGAGCAUUUAGUGGACAACGAGAAUGGCGACGGAGGGGAGCAAUACUAUAGUUCAGUUCGCCAUUUCUCCACAGGCGUACAAUACGAUCUAGAUCCAAGAGCCACAAUCCGAUUACAGAACCUACGUCGAACCAUGACGUUUAGAGAGAAACAUCAUACCCCCACAUCAGAAGAGAACAACUUCCACUACCUUUGUGCGGCGUCUUUGUCCACAUCUCCGAUACAUCCUACUAUGAUUCACAGCAAUAAUAAUAACAACAUCAACAAUGGACAUGCAGGAGAAGGAGUUCCACCACUAAGAACAGCAUCAAUGCAUGCUACAUAUAGCCCUCGAAGGUCUCGAUAUUCAAAUAUCUUGCAGGAUCCCCUCCAUAUGCAAGAAGAAGAGUAUUUUAGAUCAGAGUCAUCUGGGAGCACUGCUAUUGUGAAUAAUACCCCUGAUAGUAAAACCUAUUUGAAUGGCCACUAG